GUGAAGCGGCUCCGCGACGGAGCUGCAGUGCGCGCGACAGGGGCCUGAGUAUCCCGCUUUCUUGGGAAGAAACCACCAAGUCGGGUCAGUGCUGCAGGCUCCAGCCACUGGCCCGGUUGACCAUGGCCCUUUCUGUGGAGACCGAGUCGCACAUCUACCGAGCUCUGCGCACUGCCUCUGGGGCUGCUGCCCACCUUGUGGCCCUGGGCUUUACGAUCUUUGUGGCUGUGCUUGCCAGGCCUGGCUCCAGUCUGUUCUCCUGGCACCCCAUGCUUAUGUCUCUGGCUUUCUCUUUCCUGAUGACCGAGGCACUGCUGGUGUUCUCUCCUGAGAGUUCGCUGCUGCGCUCCCUCUCACGGAAGGGCCGAGCACGCUGCCACUGGGUACUGCAGCUGCUGGCCCUGCUGUGUGCACUGCUGGGCCUAGGUCUUGUCAUCCUCCAUAAGGAACAGCUUGGCAAAGCCCACCUGGCCACGUGGCAUGGGCGGGCAGGGCUGAUAGCUGUGCUGUGGGCCGGGUUGCAGUGCUCAGGUGGGGUGGGGCUGCUCUACCCUAAACUGCUGCCCCGCUGGCCCCUGGCUAAGCUCAAGCUAUACCAUGCCACUUCUGGGCUAGUAGGCUACCUUCUGGGUAGUGCCAGCCUCUUGUUGGGCAUGUGCUCCCUCUGGUUCACCGCCACAGUCACUGGUGGGGUCUGGUACCUUGCUGUGCUAUGCCCUGUCAUUACCAGUUUGGUCAUCAUGAGUCAGGUGAGCAACGCCUACCUGUACCGCAAAAGGAUCCAGCCAUGAGCUCUUCCCAGCCUAGAAGCCUGGAUUUGCCCCUCAGUGUAGUAGCAGGGGCUGGGGCCUCCUGGAUUUUCUCAGCUAAGUCAUGAGGACAUCUCAGGCACUGGGGAAGUCUAAAGUAGGAGUCUUGUGUGUGACAUUUUUUGCUUGCUCCUCAUGGUGGAGUGCUUCCCCUUUUCUUCUGUACUGUCCCAGAGGAGCUUAUGGAUGAUGUCUGGCUGAAGCUGGGGUUGCAAACCUACUUCCCCAGCAACUCAACUCAUACUUGUACUGGUAUGUCUGGAAAUUACAGGAGAGAAAAAAGCAAAAUAAAGAAGAAUGACUGAAAAGACCGGAUGGGAGGAAUAGCUUAGAACUGGGGAUAGUUCUCAUUAGUGCUGUCAGAAUGAAGAAACAGGCAGCUAGGCAAGAUGGGGACCCGUCCCUGGCUGCUCACUGAGGGGCUGAAGCUCUCCCAGCACAUGAGCUCUGAGAUCUGGCUGCUGAGCCUCCUGUGCCCUCCUGUGCCACCCAGGGCCCUAGAUGGGUGACCCUAGAUGGUACAGCUAUGUGUCCUUUCACUCGCCCACCUGCAUACUGUGCUGGCAUCGCCAAACUGGUGGUUAGAUGUGGACAGUGACACGGUGGGAGCUGGGGAUGGGCUGUUUCCAUAGGUUUCAAGCACUGACCACUGUCUUGAGGGUGAGCAAUCGAUAAGAACACUCUUUAUGAUAGAGAGGCCCUCAACCAUCCGAUCUUCUGGGCAGAGCCUCCCUGACUGGGAAUCAGAGAGAGAGAGAAAAUGCA